AUGUCAGACUUCUACCGUUAUCGUCUCGUGAUUAAAGAGAGGCUUGUUGGCCUUUCUGAAAUAGAAUAUGACGAUUUGUACCAUCCUAAGAAAGCAAAUCAUGUCAUAAAAAAUGUCAGAGACUCGGACUACAUUCCCGACAAUAUGAGAGUAACCAAAGAAGGUGACUAUGCGCUCAACAGGCCAUCAGAGAGACAUGUAUUAGAAGCUCAAAGAAUCCAACAAGAGAAUGAAGAGGCUAUGCUUCAGGAGUUGGACAAGCACCGUCAAUAUGCCAAGGACAUCAACAUGAAGUCAAAAUUCCACUUCGAAAGCGACGUUUCUUUCGUCAAGGCCCGUAACUUUAGUAUUCUCUCACAGUCCCAGGAACUUUUAUGGGACCAUAUGUAUUUUGCAGCUUCUACUACAGUGAUUGAUGACGGAAAAACCGAAAAGCGUUGGAAAGAAGAUCGUCUUCACACAGGUUCACAGCAUUGCAAUAAGAAAAUGAACCGAAGACCCUCGUCGAUAGGAAGAACGAAUUUGACUAUGGUGGCAAUGGAACGUCAUCGCCAUCAUGACGAAGGAUUUAGCGUUGAAUUACAGUGUGCGGUUAAGAAGACGAAAGAGGUCUUUGACCUUUACUUUGAUAUGCAUGAAAGCACGGCACUUCAUUUUGUUGAUAUUGACAUCACAAUGCUUUGGGUCGACCGAACAGCACUCUCAAGCUGCCUCCGGAGUGACAGACUCUGGGCCCUUGACGCUACCAUUCCAGCGCAUCAGCGACAGCACACCGACAAGUUUUACAGACUCCCCACACAACCUGUUCCAAGAGCAUUCACUUAUUGCAAUACCGAUGAAUUCAACAUUGGUAUUCUCAAUUAUUUGGCUAUAUACGCCUGCUACUUACCGAAAGCACUAUCGAUAGCUGCUGCUUUAAUAUCCAUCUCAGUGAGCUUCGCUGGGUUGGGUAAAACCGCCGCAGACUUUUUGAGCCCAAACUUGUAUACCAUUUCAAAGGUAUUAAAACUUUCAGACCAUUUGGCUGGCCUCACGCUUUUAGCACUAGGAAAUAGCGCUGCAGACAUAUUUGGAACAUAUAAAGCAUUAAGUAUUGGCUCUGCUGAGCUAGCUAUUUCUGAGUUGAUAGGAGCUACUCUCUUCGUGCUUACGGUGGUUGUAGGAUCCAUAUGCAUUGUACGUCCUUUUCCAGUUCCAAAAUUUCACUAUGCGAGAGAUAAUGCAUCCUACUUGAUUGUUCUUGCAGUUAUAGAGGGUGCUUUAGAAAACGGGGCACUUUAUAUGUUCGGGGCAUCAUGCUUGAUGGUGCUUUAUGUCAUAUACGUCAUGGUGGCCCUACUUAAUCACUCAUGGCUCAAGAUACAUAAUCGAAAAAAGCUUACAGCUGCGAGAGUUCGAAGUAACUUUGAUGUUCUUUCAAGGACAUUUUUGGAUGGCGGCAAUGAUAUGGACGGAGUUCCACGCAGGCCUGGAAUAGACUCGCUCGAAGAUAUCACUGAAGAGGAGAGAAAAAUGUUGGAUGAGCUUGAAGAUUACUUUACUGCUCAUCCAGAAGAUGAAGUAGAAGUGCCAGUGCCAGUGCAAACAGGAUCCUAUGGACUCCGGAUAUUGCUCAAAGAACUAAGACACCACUCGUCUCAUCAGGAGAAUCGCAUCUCGAACUAUUUUGCGAAUGACUCCUCGUCUAUGGAGAGAGACGAAAGUUUAUCGCAUCUUGCCGACGACUCGCGGGGCUUAAUACCGGCCCGAGAGAUAAGGUCCACAGUAAGAGACGAGCAAGACAGAUCGUCUACGACACCAUCCUCAACAAUUGAAAGAAGUUUAUCAACCAGGUCAAGUAUCGUCAGAGAAGUCUUGCACUCAUUACGACCGAGGUGGAACCCAGCAGAUUCAACCCUUCAUAAGCUACUUUUUGUUAUCUCCUAUCCUGCAAGCAUCGCUCUUGCGUUUACAACACCAGUUAGAGAGAAAGCUUUGACACACGCCAAAAUUGUUGUACGUGGAUCGAAUGCUUUUACUCUUACUGUCCCAAGCCAGGAAAGUCUCGCAAUCACCGAAGAAGACUACGAUAUUCGUCUUGACUUACUUGCUUUUAAAUUACAAUUCACUCUUUGCAUCACUACUUUGUCAGUGAUGUACUUGAAAUCGCAUUAUCUUUCUUUCAUUUUGUUACCAUUUAUCUUCAUUUGCUCCUCGAUGAUUUCAAUCAUAUUCCUUCCUUCCAGAUGCCCGCAGUUUGAAGAUCAAAUGAGCAUUUUCAAAGCCUGGAAUUAUGUGGGAUCGGUUUUAGGCUUCAUACUUUCUGUCCACUGGAUAACAGUCUUUGCAACUGAGGUAAUUGCUGUACUUAAACAAUUUGCUCUUAUUCUAGAUCUCAGUGACGAGAUAUUGGGGGUUACUGUUUUUGCCAUGGGAAACUCUAUUGGAGAUCUUAUCUCGAAUUUGACAAUAGCUCUGAUGGGGAUGCCUCUUAUGGCGUUCGCCGCAUGCUUUGGAGGGCCUUUAUUAUCACUUUGUUCGAUGGGUGCAAGUUCGUUGAUAUUGAUGUCAAGAAACGAUAUUGAAAGCAUUGCAAUUAUUAACUCCAUGACUCUACGUUUGAAUAUAAUAGUGAUUUUCAGCGUCCUUGUUUUGAUGAGUGUUUACUUUUCAUUGCGGUCCCACUACGUUGCAGAUAGACAGCUUGGAGUAUGUCUCAUCUUGAUCUGGGUCAUCACCGUUGUUUCGAGCGCAUACCUCGAGCUCACUUGA